UCCCUUAGAAACGGCAAUCCAAAUCAACAGACCUCUCAUUUCUAACCUCCUCUUUCUGGUUAUUGCAAGGUUCCAUGUUGAGAUCAAUAGCACACUUGCAAUUUUAUUAAUUCAUUAGAAAGAGAUGGGAAAGUGCGUGAUAAUGAUGAUGGCAGCAGCGAUGGUGGUGGUGUUAUGGGCGGCGGUAUCGGUGGAUGUAGGAUGGUGCAAGGAUGCUGUGAAUAUGGCUGCAAGUAAUGUGGAGGUGAAGGCGAAAGAGAUGAAGCAGAAAGCAGCCAUGCAGGGUGUCAAGGAAAAGGCCGACUCCUGGUCUGACUGGGCUUAUGGGAAGUUCUCAGGGGGGCUUGGAUUGAAAGGAAAUGACGCCAGAGAAGCAGCUCAAAACCUAAUGGAUAGAGCCUCAAGGACAUCAGAUACAGUGAAACGUGCCGCAUCUGAAGCUUCAAGGCGUGCUUCUGAAAAGAAAGGCAAGGCAGAUCAGGUUAUAAGAAUGGCUUCAGAUAGAGCUAGUGAUGCCAGAGAAGCAAUGGCAGGAGCAAUGAACUAUGGGAAAGAUAAAAAUGACGCCUAUGACAUGGCUUCAAAUUGGGUUAGUGAUUCCAAAGAUGCAAUGGCAGAAGGAAUGCAUUAUGGUCGAAGCAGACUUGGUAAGGCUUAUGAAGAAGCAAUGAAGCAUGGAAAAGAGAGAGCAGCUCAUGUUCAUGAUGAAGCUAAGCAGCAAUUUAAUAAGGCUAAAGGAGCAAUGGAAAGUGGAAUGGGUUAUAGAAGAUGGGACGAGAUGGAUGUCUUUGAGGAAGCUAUAAAUAAAGUCGGAGAGGCAUGCAUGACGGCCAAGGAAACAAUGAAUUUUCAGGGCAAGUCUAAGUAUGAAGCUGCCAAGGAGAGAAUGUCAAAGGCAACUGGUGAUCUAGGAGCCAAGAUGAGAAAUGAGAGAGCUACUGACAUGUAUGAUGAAGCUAAGCAGAAAAUUGACACUGCUUCAGACACAGCCAUGGAGAAGGCUAAGAACGCAAAAAGGGCAAUGCAAGGAGCAAUGGGGCAUGAAAUAUGGGAAGAGAUGGGUGCCUUUGUUGAAGCUGUAAAUAAUGUAGGUACGGCAUACAGGUCAGCCAAGGAAGAUACAACUUUUCAAGGACAGUCUAAGUAUGAAGCUGCCAAGGAGAGAAUGUCGAAGGACACUGCAGAUCAUUGAGUAGAAGUACCACUUUCUACAUGCUAUCUUCAUCAGUGAGUCAUUGACAUCAGUCUGUUUGCAUCUUUAGUUCUCAUAACAUGUUCUCUGAGACAUCAUUUAGAAGUCGUGUCUAGCUAUGGGGUUCAAAUUCAAGAUGGACUUAUGGUUUUCUAUUUUCAUUGCAUAUUAUAGUCCAGGAACUGAACUCAUGAGUACUUUCUGCUCGCAAUGAGGUAGAUGUGUUUAAGAAA